AUGGACAUCACUGGCGAUGUGAGAGACGACAUGAGGGUCGUAUCUCCUCGCUCGCAGAUAUGGCAACGGGUUUGCCAUCGUAUGGUCACCCCAGCCGUAAUCGAGUAUCGUACCAUUGUCCUGAAGGAUUUUGUCGUCGAAUUCACUGGGGGCCAUGAAACGACGCUUCGCAUGUCAAUUUUUGGAUCAGGCAAUGACGAAGAUACCGAAAUGGAGCAAACGUCGCCCAUAAUGUGGAAGUGGCCACACAUCAUAGAACUGCAGCCAAGUAUGGGUGAAUUGACGUUUGUCCUCCGCUCGGAAAGCACCGGCGACCUAGGCUACCUUGUUUUGACCGAGGACCAACUUGCAGCAUUCAUGACAGUAGACCAGGACACCAAGGCCGAAACAGGUUUUACGGUAGAGGAUGUGAAAACAUCAUCGAAGAUGAAGUAUACCAUCGGUGUCGGUAAACGCGUUGAUAGUGUGAUGAAUGCCCUUCAAGAUCCAAGAUUGUUUCCCGCCAUUCUAGAACAAUUCACGGACGACCCAGAGGCCCUCAACGACCUCGGACACUGUGCUAGCGAACGAUUCAGACAAACAGGCAAUGAAGACGACAUCAAGAAGUCGAUCCAGAUUCACGAGCUUACUGUACAGCUGACAAGUACAGACGACGUGAAGUAUCCAAGAUUCCUGUAUAACACUGCCUGGGCAAUGUUUCUGCUGUGCCAGAAAACCUGGAAUUGCUCCGACUCAAGACGGCUCAUUGCGAUGAUGGAGACCGCCAUUGCCAGCACAUCACCGGACGAUCCCAUCCUUUCCAUUAUGCUCGACAACCUUGGGGCAGCCUUUGCAAAUCAAUUCCGCCACACAGGAGAUCCGCAAAACAUCGAAAGCUCCGUGUCCUGUCACCAAAGGGCAGUCCAACUUGGAAAUCACACAAACAUGUUCGCAGCCCUCAGCAAUCUGGCGUCUGCCUAUUCAGCCCGCUUUGAGCACUCGGGAAAUUUCGAGGACCUUCAAUGCGCAAUCUCCUAUCGGGAGGAGGUCAUGCAAUUGACGCCUAAUGGCCAUCCACUCCUCUCUAUGAACCUUCUCAACCUUGGUUCAUCCUUUUUGAAGCGCUUCAACGUCACCGGAGAUCUUGCUGACUCUGAGAGAGCAAUUUCUAGCUACGAGAAGACAGGCCAGCUUCUUACCGAACAGCACCCAUACAUGGCUGACCAGCUCAGUCAUCUCGGCGUCGCCUUCGAAGGUUUGUUCCGUCAGACGGGCAAUCUUGCCGAUGUGGAAAAUGCUAUAUUGUACCUAGAGAGGGCCAUCCAGGUGGCCCCUGACGGGCACAAAGACCUGCCGAGAUGGCUCAAUAACCUUGGACAUGCCUUUUUUUCACGCUUCUCAAACACUAAAGAUCUUGGUGACAUUCAGAGCUGUAUAUCAGCUCUGGAGUGUGCCGUCGAACUCGUACCUGCCUCGGAAUCAGGAAAUCCUGAUAGACAUUACUAUCUCUGGAACCUCGGUCGCGCAUUCUUGAGGUUCUUUAGCCACACAGGAAACCCCUCAUAUCUCGACAAGUCACUACAUUAUCAGCAGAAGACAGUUGACCUGACACCAGAACAACACGCAGACAUAUCAUGCCGUAUCCACGGUCUUGCUACCUGCUUUCGCACUCGUUUUAACCAUAGCCAAGAUUCCGCCGACCUAGAGACCGCCAUCCACCAUUACCAGAGAGCCCUCGAACUCACUCCUGAGAGAAAAUGGUGCAGGCCAUUCCUUCUCAGCGAAUUGGGAGGCGCCUUCCUCGCUCGUUUCAACUCUACAGAUGACUCUGCAGACCUCGACGCGGCCAUAUCCUAUCACCAAAAGGCAUUAGAUUGCACCCCAGAGGAUCAUUCUGGCAAGCCCGGUGUCCUCAACAAUCUUGCGCAUUCCCUCUUACAGCGGCUUAUGUGCACCGGGAAUAAGGACGAUCUUGAACAAGCGAUCCGUCUAUAUUCUCUUUCUGCGCAGCAGAUCACAGGGGACACAUCAGCACGCCUGCAAUCCGCCUGGAUGUUGGCCAACAUCUGUCGUGAGGAUUCACGUUUAUCGCAGUCGUUGGACGCUUUUCGCGUGGCUAUGGGUUUAGUUUCCCGCGUUGCAGGCCUGGAAUACACAAUUCACAAGCGACAUGAGAACCUUGUCAAGAUACCGGCCCUGACGUCUUCCGCUGUGGCAACUGCGAUUCACUGCGGAGAUGCUGAAUCCGCACUAGCGUGGCUUGAGCAGGGCCGCUGCCUUGUUUGGACCCAGAUCAACCAGCUUCGUACACCCAUCGACGCGUUGCGCGCUCAUGAUCCAUCUCUCGGCGAGAAAUUUCUUAAAGUUUCUCGUGCCCUGGACUCGUCAGCAUCUCGACAAGAACAAUUUAACUGCACGGUUUUCAACGAGGGCAACCUGUCGGCGAUGGUCUCCCAGCAAGAGAAAUCUCAUGCGCAUGUCCAUCUCGCAAAACAGUGGGACGAUCUCCUUUCGGAAAUCCGUGAGAUUCCAGGAUUCGGAGACUUCCUCCAGCCACCGAAUGCAGAAGCUCUGCUCGGGCGUCUAUCGCUCGACGGACCCCUUGUUAUAUUCAACCUCAACGAGGCACGUUGCGAUGCGUUGGCGUUGAUUUCCGGCGCCGAUAUACCGCUUCUCAUCCCACUUGAGCGCUUCAGCCUUCAAAAGGCAGUCGAAUUGCGGAAUUCUCUCCGUCUAUAUCUUAGCGCCCAUGGAGUUCGCAUGCGUGAGGAUGACCGGGGUGGACAUGUUGUUCCAGUUUUGCCCAAGAAUCCUGCCAUUUUCGCGGUUCUUCGCGUCCUUUGGGAGGACGUUGUGAAGCCGAUACUGGAGGCCAUUGGGUACUCGGACCCAGAUCACCCCAGAUCUCGUAUUUGGUGGUGUCCUACAGGCCCCCUCUCCUUCCUUCCUAUACACGCUGCGGGGAUCUACAACCAAGAGGUUGAGCAUCCCGGCUCUUGCGUCUCUGACUUUGUUAUUUCCUCGUACACUCCCACUGUGACCGCCCUCUUGGACAAGAGGAUCCGUGCAUCCACAAAUAUCUCUGACCACAGAGAGUCUAGCCGAAUUCUUCUCAUCAGCCAACCAAAGACGCCAGGCAAAUCCCCGAUCCCAGCUACGGUUGAGGAAACACGACGCGUUGACGAAAUGAUGAGCACCAGAGGGGUCCGGUCUCUGUUGCUCGACGACACUGAUGCCACGUCUGAGAGAGUCAAGGAAGAGAUGAAAACCAGCGACUGGGUGCACUUUGCCUGCCACGCUAUCCAGGAUGCGCAAGAGCCUCUGAACAGCGGUGUUCAUCUCCACGACCGGCGCCUGACCCUGCUCGAGAUUAUGGGUCAACACAUUUCAAGCACAGAGCACGCUUUCAUGUCCGCGUGUCAGACCAGCACCGGAGACGAAAAGCUUCCGGAGGAGGCUGUUCAUCUUGCUGCUGGCAUGCUGGCUGCCGGAUAUCGGGGAGUAGUGGCGACGAUGUGGUCGAUCAAAGACAAGUACGGACCUGAGAUCGCAGAGGCUUUCUAUGCUCAUUUGUUGGAAGGAGAUUCUGAGGGAGGGGAGCGGCGACUAGAUGGAUUCGGCGCUGCUCAUGCACUGGACCAUGCCACGCGCAAGAUCAGAGAGCGCAUCGGAGACACCGAGAAGGCGCUCUUGACAUGGGUCCCCUAUGUGCACUUUGGUGUUUGA